AUGGACAAUAUAAGACGAAAUACCCUACAUCCAUUCGAAACACCCAAAUCACCAUCAAAAUCAACGAGAGUGAACGAUCCACCACGAUUAAAUGAGGAACGACUACCGAUUACAGCGUCAUCAUCACCUCCUAGGAAAAGAAACAAUAACACCAUAUUCAGUGAUAGAUAUAUUCCGAAUCGAACUGGUGUGGAUCUACAAGCAGCCUUUAGUUUGACGAAUGAAGAAAUACUACCGGACUUGAGAAGUAAUAGAAAUGCGGAUAAUGAAAUUGAAAUUAGAAGAGAAGAAGAGGCAAACAGAACUUUUUCAACAGUUUUGAAAGCAGAGUUAUUUGGAGAUAACGUACCCAUGGCAACCGCAAACUUAUCAAAUUCAUCAAACUCAUCGAAUAAUAUCAACCAUAGAAAUACAAGUCUGCGACCCAAUACUGGCGUAGCAGGAACUCCACCAAGAUCAUCAAAUUCUAUUCCAAAUUCAUUAUAUUCAACUUCCUCAUCAAUACAACAGGCAGGUUCAAAUAAUUCAAUAUCCACCUAUGACUCAGAUGACGUUACUUCAACGCCUAGACGUAAGACUAAUUUAUUCACAUAUCAAUCUCCUAAAAAAUCAAGACCAAUAUCUCGCGAUCUACAACAAGAAUUAUAUUCUUUAUCACCUGUAAGACAAGAAUCACAAAAAUUACUACUAUCUCCUCAAAAGAAACCUCGAAAUAUAGCAAAAGUUCCAUAUCGGGUUCUCGAUGCACCUGAAUUAUCGGAUGAUUUUUAUUUAAAUUUAGUAGAUUGGGGACAACAAGAUGUUUUGGCUGUUGGAUUAGGUGAUAGUGUUUAUUUAUGGGAUGGAUCUACUCAAUCUGUUGACAGAUUAUGUAAUUUAACGAAUAAGGAUAAAGUAACAAGUUUGAAUUGGAUAGGUACUGGUACUCAUCUAGCUAUUGGAACUUCGAAAGGUUUAGUUGAAAUUUGGGAUGCCACGAAAAUCAAAUGUGUUAGAACAAUGACGGGACAUUCAUUAAGGGUUAGUUCCUUGGCUUGGAAUGAACAUAUUUUAUCAAGUGGAUCUCGAGAUAGAACAAUUUUGAAUCGUGAUGUUAGAAUUGAGGAUCAUUAUGUAAAUAAAUUUGAAAGUCAUAAACAAGAAAUUUGUGGUUUGAAAUGGAAUAUUGAAGAAAACAAACUUGCAAGUGGUGGCAAUGAUAAUAAUCUAUUUGUUUGGGACGGUUUAAACCCAAAGCCGUUGUAUCAAUUGAAUGAUCAUACUGCCGCAGUGAAAGCAAUUGCCUGGUCUCCUCAUCAAAGAGGGAUAUUAGCAUCUGGUGGAGGAACAGCUGACAAAACUAUUAAAACAUGGAACACUUUAACUGGUAAUAUGAUACAUGAUGUUAACACAGGUUCACAAGUAUGUAAUUUGAUUUGGUCAAAAAAUUCUAAUGAAAUUGUAUCAACUCAUGGUUAUUCGAGAAAUCAAAUCAUCGUUUGGAAAUACCCUUCUAUGCAACAAAUUGCUCAAUUAACUGGUCACACUUAUAGAGUUUUAUAUUUAUCUUUAUCACCAGAUGGUGAAACAAUUGUUACAGGAGCAGGUGACGAGACAUUAAGAUUUUGGAAUGUCUUUGAGAAGAAUAAAAAUAAUGAAUCACCUUCAUCAGUUUUACUAGGUGCUUUUCUGCAAUUACGAUAA